AUGCAUUUAGAUAUGACUACACUUAUCCCCGAGGGUGAUAUAUCUGAGGCUGAUAUAGAGGGCUCAGACGAAGAAGAUAAUUAUUAUUCUUUGCUGGCAGAUGAUUUGCCGACUUCAUCUUAUAUUACAAAUCAACUAGGCCUUGAUGUGGAGGAUAUAAUAGAAGAUACUUCUAUAAUUAAAAUAAAAGAUAACCCCAUGUGGUCUAAGAAAGACAUAGGAAAUAUGAAUACAGAAUAUAUCCCUAUAUUAGAAAUUCCUGAAGAGGAUUCAACUCCACUAACAUAUUUUCGUAAAUUUUUUGACAAUCAAAUAAUCAGUAAUUUUGUAUCGGAAACAAAUAAUUAUUCAUUCAAAUGUUCCGGUAAAUCUAUAAAUACAGAUAGUGAUGAAAUUGAAAAAUUUAUUGGGUUACAUUUAUAUACUAGUAUAGUUAAGAUGCCUUCUAUACGACAAUAUUGGUCUGUUGAAACAUCUAUUCCACAAAUAGCGGAAACUAUGUCCCGCAACCGUUUCCUUUUGAUCCGGGAAUUUUUCCAUGUCAAUAAUAACAAGGAUAUGGUAGCUAGGGAAGACAAAGGAUACAACAAAUUCAAAAUUCAACCCUUCAUAUUCCAAUUAAAACAAAAUUUCAAAAAAAUUAAACUUGAAGAGAAGCUAGCCAUCGAUGAAUUCAUAAUUCCCUUCAAGGGACGAUCAAUAUUACGACAAUAUAUCAAAUCAGAGCCCCAUAAAUGGGGGAUAAAAGUGUUUGCUUUAUGUGACUCUUCCGGGUAUAUGUAUGAUUUUGAAAUAUACCAGGGAAAGUCAACAAACAUCAUAAAUUAUGUUUGGGGAUAUUUGGUAUCUGGAACGAUAAGAUCAAAUCGCUUAUCAGGGUGCACACUUAAAAAUGAUAAGGCUUUAAAAAAAGAAGGAAGAGGCGCCAUAGAUUACAAAAGCGAAAAGAAUGGUAUUAUUAUCUGCAAGUGGCAGGACAACAAAGCUGUUACUACUAUAUCUAAUUUUAUAGGUGUUUUACCUACAACCAAAGUUAAGCGAUGGUCUGUUUCGGAUAAAGUCUUAAUAAAUGUAGAAAUGCCCGCAAUAAUUAAGAACUAUAAUGAGGGAAUGGGUGGAGUAGAUCUUCACGAUAUGCUGGUGGAGUUAUAUCGGACAGAUAUUAAAUGGAAACGAUAUUAUAUGCGAAUGGUUUUCCAUUUAUUGGAUUCUUGUGUGAUAGCAAAAGGGUUGAUGCUUGCAGGAAAGGAUAAUACAAAGAAAACCGGCAGACCUUCCAGCAUAGAUGUUAAAAAAGAAAAGCUAUCAACAUUGCCUCCAUAUCGGAUAUAA